GGGGGGUCAGAGUACUGGAGAGUCGGGAUGUGUUACCCCAAUAUAGACAGGAGAGGAGGUCAGUCAGUGAUUGGAUGUAAUAAGAAGUCCUGGGGGUUGGAGAGGGUGGGGUGGUUUGGGGGUAAUCAGUACUCAGUGAUACAUGACAGUAAUUGGACCCCAUUCCCCGGCGGUGUCUCCAGUACCAGAGUCAGGAUAGAUCUGGAUUAUGAGGCCGGGCGGAUCUCCUUCUAUGAUCUGUGUGACCCGAUCCGACACCUCCACACCUUCACCACCACCUUCACUCAGCCCCUCCAUGCCGGGGUAUGGGUAUGGGAAGGUUGUAUAAAGAUAUGUGGGAGGAGCCAGAAGUGAGA